CAAGGCAGCAGCAGCAGCAGCAGUGCGCUCCCCUGCAUGCCAGGAACGGCGCAUGAGGAUCUGGGUCGUGCUGGACAGUUCCCAUCUUUCUUCUGCUUGCGCCUCUCAGCCGGGCUUCAAAUUCCCCAGCUCGCCGGUCGUCCCGCCAUAUCGUCCUCCCUUUCCCUUCUUCCUGAGGCCACACGACCGAUCUGCGUCUCUGCAGUCGGUUGGGCACCGGAUUCACUAGCCGCGAGUUGAGUACCCCUCAGUUCUGCGCCCAACGCCAUGUCGUCGUCCGCGGCGCCCGACGACGAUCUCGUCUCCAGCUUCUGCGCCAUCACGGGCGCGUCGCCCGACCAGGCGCAGUUCUUCCUCGACAGCAGCGCCGGCGCGCUCGACGCCGCCAUCUCCGCCUUCUACGACCACGGCGGGGACGCCGCCGCCGCCGCCGCCGCCGCCGCGGCCGGCGGUGCCACGGGGGACGACGGCGACGACACCGGCAGUCGAGGCGUCGCCGCCGCCGUCCCGGCCGCGCCGCCGCGGGAUCCGCGUGCUGCUGCUGCGGCGGCGGCUGCGGCGCGUGCGGGCGGGGCGGCUGUAGGUGGCGCAUCGGGCCCCGCGAUGACGUCACAGGCGAUGUUCUCCGCGGGAGGCGCGGAGGAGGGCGGCGAGGAGGUGCAGCAGCGGCAGCCGCGGGUGACUGCGCCCGUUGCGGGACCGUCCGGGGCGGCGGGGGGUGCGGGCGCAAUGGGGAGAUUCGUGGGGGGAGUGGGGAAGGGGAAGGGGAGUAAGAGAUCGGGGCGUGGCGGGGGAGGGGGAGGUGGGCGGAUCCGGACUCUGGGGGAUAUUGGGAGGCGCAGGGACGAGGAAGAGGACGAGGAGGAUGAGGACUACGAUGAGGAUGAUGAUGAUGACGACAGGGAGGAGUACUACGCUGGGGGGGAGAAAAGCGGAAUAGCGGUGCAGGAUCCCAAUAAGCGCAGGGGGCAGGGCGGACUGGGCUCGCUGGGCCCCCCCGGCGCGGGCGCGCUCGACAUGGACGACAUCUUCGCGCGCGCGCAGCAGCAGGGCGCGCGCCAGGGCACCUCCGCGGAUCUCGACGGGGGGGGAGGCGGUGGCGGGGGCGGGCGGAGAGGCGGAGGCGCUUUCAGCGGAGUGGGGAGGACGCUUGGGGGAACGGGCGGGGAGGCGGAAGGGGCGACUGGGCAGGGGCAAGGGGCGGGUGGGGGCGAGGGAGCGGAGGAGGGCGGGCGGCGUGUGGUGCGGCACACAGUGACGUUCUACCUGAACGGGUUCACAGUGGACGAGGGGCCGCUGCGGCAGCUGCAGGACCCCGCCAACGCCGCCUUCCUCAAGAGCAUCCUGGAGCGCGGAGAGUGUCCGCGCGAGCUGCAGAGCGCGGACCCCAACGAGGACGUGGAGCUCAACCUGCUGCGCGUCAACGACCAGUGGACGCCCCCCCCAGAGCCCAAGUAUGUGGCCUUCUCAGGCCAGGGUCGCACGCUGGGGGAAGCUGCCAUGCCCGACACACAGCCACCGCCUGCUGCUGCUGCUGCUGCGGCACCUGCUGCGGCUGGGCCCGCCAAUCCGCAGGGCCCCACUGGGGGCUUGCAGGUGGACGAGGAGCAGCCGGUGACGUCUAUCCAGGUGCGGCUGCUGGACGGCACGCGCCUCGUGGCGCGCUUCAACCACGCGCACACCGUCGCACACAUCCGCGCCUUCAUCGACGCCGCGCGCCUGGUCGGCGGCGGCGAGCGGCGGUACGCACUGCAGACGAUGGGGUUCCCGCCCAAGCGGCUGGAGGAUGAGAGCCAGACGAUCGCAGACGCGGGCCUGGUCAAUUCCGUGGUGGUGCAGCGGUGAUAAGGGGAGGGGGGGGGGUUUGGGGGGGGAGGAUGAGGACAGUGGGGUGGGGAGGGAUGAGGAGAGGUGAUGGGAUGGGAGGGAAGAGAGGUUGAGCAUGAGUGGAGACGCAAUGGGAGGUGUGCAAAUGGAGCAGCUAGGUUGGGGGCUCGGUUGCUGUGAUUGACUGUUGUAUCUCUUUCAUGACUGGAUGGCGGUUCUGUACGGUUGUGAAGCAACACUGGUGUUGGGUGCGGUGGGCAUGAGGCACAUGGGCAGAACGACACCCACAUGGCAGGCAGCCACAAUGUGGUCGUCUGGUUGAGUGCGUGCUACCCGGUGGCACUGUGGAGAGGCACACGGAUGGGUCGAAGGCGUGUUGUCAACUUAUACAUACAUUUGCAUGUACGGUAGAAGUUAUAGGCUAGAAUAGGUGUGUGUUCUUAGAGAGUACGGUACAACCCAAACCCUAUAUUUACCUUGUUCUUGUUGUGACAGAGUCUUGAGCAUUUCUG